AGUAAGCGCUGCAUGCACAGGCUGUGAACUGGAGGAAUGUAUGGGAUGCCGGACACACUAACGAGUGAGAGGUACCACUUGCAUUUACUGAGGGGGGUUCAUGGCUCCACAAACUGGGGAGAAAUUACAAGGGAAUUGUACAAUAGAAGCCCAAAUAGCCAAACUAGAAACAUUUAGCAAUUUGGCUAUUUUUCCAGGUUCAUAUUUUGACACAAAAUGUGCAUUCCCCUAAUCAUGGGGUGAUUCUAACAGGUGGAGUUUUCACACUCAAUAGUUGUAACAGACUUAACCCCUUAAGGACCAAGCUUCUGGAAUGAAAUGGAAUCAUGACAUGUCAGACAUGUCAUGUGUCCUUAAGGGGUUAAAGGACCACUCCGGGCACCAUAACAACUUCAUGGCAAUUAGGUUAUUAUGGCUUCAGGUGGUCCAAGGUGUUGGCUUUCUUUAAGGCGUUAAACCUUAAAGCCCAAACAUAAUGGCUUCAGGAGGUCCAAGGCGCUGGCUUUCUUUAAGGCGUUAACCAUUUAAGCCCAAACAUUUGAAGAUGGCACCCAGCAACUUCGUCUUAUUUCUUCAGUACAGUAUUCCUCGGACUGGUCGCCAUUGUUAGACUGAGAAUGUCUGCUUAUACUCUCAGAUUAUCACUAGGUCAUCUUACAGUUAACUGGGUGAAAAAGGUACUUGUCUAUUUUAUCCAGUGAUAGGCUGAAAGCAUCCGCUGACUCUCAGCCUAUUAACAGCGUCCAGUGCAUGGCUUUAAUUAGGAAAGUGAAUCCUUCCAUCAGAGCAAGUUGCGAGCAGACAUCAUCUUCGAAAGUUUAGGGUUAAACCAUGCCAAGGUCUUGAGUGUGGGGCUCUGACCGGCUUAUAGAAAUACUUUAGUGUUAAGGACACAAAGAUGUUCCUCAGUCGUCGUUUCCCUGUCCCACCCCCCCUCCUGCGCACACAUUAGGCCUCCCCGUAGUAAAGCAUUGCUCAUUGCUUUCUCAUGGAGCUUUCUCUGACAGAUGUAGAGCAUGAGUAGAUCCAGCAUCGUUUCAUUGAGUCAAACUUUGUUUGUAAGAUGAAGUGAUCUGGGUGACCAGUGUCUCUUUAAAUUCCUGGUGUCCCACAUCUGAUGACACCACGGAAGCCUGGGUAGCGCAGCACAAAUGCAUCAUUAGAAGUAAACUAUAAACUAUUUAACCCUUUAAGGACUAUUUAACUAUAAACUAUUUAACCCCUUAAGGACACAUGACAUGUGUGACAUGUCAUGAUUCCCUUUUAUUCCAGACGUUUGGUCCUUAAGGGGUUAAGUGCUGUUUACACAUGAGAACUAACAAAUGCACAAAAACCAAAACAGGAUAUACUACCACUUAUUCUGGUACUGAAACUAAUUCUAGAAAACUUAUAGGGACAUUGUAGGCACCCAGACCACUUCAGCUCAUUGAAGUGGUCUGGGUGCUGUGACCCUUUUGCACUUAGUGUAAAACAUUGCAGUUCCAGAGAAACUGCAAUGUUUACAUUGCAGCACUAAGUCUGCCCUCAGUGGGCCCACUUAGGGCGCUUACGGAAUCGUAACAGACUUUUGGUUUGUUAUCCCGCUCUGCAUGAUGACCUCCAGCGCCAGAUUUUCCCCAUAGCAAACAAUGAUUCAAUGCUUUCCUAUGGGGAGGUCUAAUUGCCACACAUGCGCAUUAGACCCCGUUCGUUGCGGGAUGGAGGAGGGGGCAGAGCUUUGACCCAUUCCAUCGAAGGACUUCGGCGCUGGGAUAAGGUAAGUAAAUAAAGUUUUUUUAACCCUUUAUUUACCGGGUAGGAGGGGGCGCAAUGGGGGGAGGGAGGUAGAGGGAUCGGUAGUGCCAGGAAUACAGCUUUGUAUUCAUGGCACUUAUAGUAUCCCUUUAACACUAAAUAUAUUGGCUUUUAUUUAAUUUUGUUUAAUUUUCAUUGUAUUUUUGCUUUUUGUAACAGGAAAUACAUGUAAAAUAUUCAGUGGUGGAAGAUGGAGGAGCAUCACGUCAAUGGUCUUAGUGGGGCAUACAUCGAAAAUUACAAUUAUACAGAGUCCGAUUUCAUCAUACAUGGAUUGACUUGGCAAGACAGACAGAAAUGUAGAGAAAAUGAAAACACCCUUUCAAAGUUUGACAGAGCCCUGAGGAGCAAGUGGGUAGAGAAAAUGAAGCAGGGUUUUUUCCGUUAUCCCUUGUGGAGUUUAGAGACCAGGAUAUUACCUGGUAAAAUCAGUUAUGUAGCGCAACUUAACAUAAAGAGAGGCAUGGAACGGAGGAAGCCACAAGACAUACAGAGCAUUCAGGAGAAGUUUAAAGCCAGCCAAUUUAACUUCAAUAAGAUCAACCCUAAUGAGGUGUUAUUUCAAAUGGUCAGGACACGGGGGAGUGAACUCAUGAAGAAUGGUCAAGAAGUUAACAAUGUGUUGCAUGGAUCUUUGAGUCAAGAGUCUGUAAUCACACUGCAGCAGCCUUGUCCAGUAGAGUCUGCCUCUAGUAGUAAAGGUACCUUAGUUGUAAUUAAUGUCAGUCCUCUCGAAUUUGGACAUGUCUUAUUUAUCCCUGAUCCAUCUCUCUGUCUGACACAAAUUCUCACCUGCGAUCUAAUGCUGUUUGGUCUAAAAGCAAUUCUCCUCAGUUCCCAUCCUGGAUUUAGAGUUGGGUUCAACAGCCUUGGGGCCUUUGCCUCUGUGAAUCAUUUACACUUGCAUGGAUUUUAUCUGGACCAUGAACUUUUGAUAGAGUCUUCAAGCAGCAAACCGCUGUGUCCCGAACUUAACCUACACCUGCUGACGAAUUUCCCAGCUCCUGGUUUUAUGUUUUAUACCAAUGAGAAGGACUUGGCAUCGGUGGCACAGAAUAUAUUCAAAGCUACAGAUUAUUUUGUUGGAAAAAAUAUUGCACAUAACAUGUUUGCAACCAGAGGGAGUGAACCUGGAAGUAUGACCUCUAAAAAAGGCAUACGGGUCAUCUUAUGGGCCAGAAGGUCGUGCUUUGGUGCCAAAGAGGAAUCUGCUUUUAAUGUGGCUUUGUGUGAACUUGCAGGUCACCUACCAAUGAAAAACCAUGGUGAUUUUAUCAGUGCCACAGAAGAAUCUGUCAUUGGUAUUAUUAAGAAGUAUCUUUUCUCAGAUGAAGAAUUUGCUGAGAUAUCUUCUGGACUCUUAGCCCAUUUGACAAAAGACGCUUGAUAAUUUAUUACUAGUUAACACAUAUAUCUAGUUGAGGAAAACUGUUAUUAAAUGCUAUAUGAGAUUGUAUGUGAAAGUCCAUGCUUGUCUCUUUCCAAACGCACAAUCUGACCACUGAACAGCUUUACAUGGAUUGAAGGGAUUUCGAUGAAAUGGGUGUAUUCUCUCUUUAUUUGUUAUCGAAUAAUCCAGUAACAUUGAUGAAAUAAUCAGGGAUCCAAUGAGCUGUCUCUGCUCAGGAGAUUUAACAGAAACUCUAGCUGGAAAUCAUAUUUCAUGGCUGCAUUAAAGGAACACUCCAAGCACCAUAACCAGUGGUGUAUUUGGAAUUUGUGCUGCC